GCUCUCGACUGUCAUAUUGGACACAGUUACAGUACAGACUACUGACACCCAAUCAUUCUUUUGCCAUUCUCUUGGUCACAUUGCCCCGUCGACAAAAGUUGGAAAAAUGGUAAACUUUAACGUAGCUGAAGCUUUGUCUCGCGAAUCAGUCUGGUAUGAGAAGUUUCGCUAUGAGGAUGCUGAACGUCAGCUUCAAGAAUACCUAGCAAAGGGUUCGUCAGGAACAUCAUCCUGUUCAGUUGUUGCUGAAAUAAUGAAAGCCAGAGAUCAAAUUAAAAACUCACUGGCUGCUGUUGAGGAUUUACCUUCCUCUGGCUCUGCCAUUCCAUCUUCUAACUUGACCAGUCGACUUCAUCAGCUGGAGCAAGAAAAUAAAGAAUUGAAAAAGGUAACUGAUGAUCUCCGUUCAUUGGUAUUGAGCUUGGAAUCAAGGGUGAAAACUUUGGAAAGCUCCAAACCUGCAUCACAAUCACAAGUUUCAACUGCUCCAAAACCAGUUGCAUCAGAAGUUAAGCCAGCUGCUGCUGAUGAUGAUGACGAUGUUGACUUGUUUGGUUCAGAUUCUGAAGAUGAAGAGGCAGAGAGAAUCAAGCAGGAGCGUGUUGCAGCAUAUGCUGCCAAAAAAUCCAAUAAACCUGCAUUGAUUGCAAAGUCCAACAUCAUUUUGGAUGUUAAACCAUGGGAUGAUGAAACUGAUAUGGCCGAAAUGGAGCGUCGGGUGCGUGAAAUCAAAUCCGAUGGCCUUCUCUGGGGCACAUCAAAACUGGUGCCACUUGCAUAUGGUAUCAAGAAACUUCAGAUUUCAACAGUGGUAGAGGAUGACAAAGUGUCUGUUGACUGGUUGACUGAAACUAUUCAAGAAAUAGAAGAUUUGGUCCAAUCGGUUGAUAUUGCGGCUUUCAACAAGAUUUAAGCAAUUUUCCAUUAAGCAAAUAUAUCUGCAAACCCUCUUCGUGAGUUGUAGAAAUAAAAAGCUAUUCCAUGGGAUUCGAA